AUGAUCCUGGAUAAUGAAAAUGGGACAACAGCAACUGAAUUCUUUCUUCUGGGGUUCCCUGGACUUGGUGUGUUUAGGUUUCUUUUCUUCACGCUCAUAUUUUCUGCAUAUACUGUGACAGUUUUACUUGACGUUAUGAUCAUUGUGCUACUGUCAACCAAAAAAAGUCUACAGUCCCCCAUGUUCAUGUUCCUUAGGAAUUUCUUAUUGUCAGAGAUGUGCUUUGUGAAUGUAGUUGUCCCCAAUAUGUUACGUAUCAUCUGGAUGAAUGGAGCCACCAUGUCUGUCACUGGAUGCAUCACUCAGAGCUACAUUUUUGUGUCUUCAGGUACUUCUGAAAUCUAUUUCCUCAGCGCAAUGUCCUAUGACCGAUACUUGGCCAUAUGUAAACCUUUACACUACAACACAAUAAUGGACCACACCCUUCAAUAUUUCCUGGUUAUCUUUUGUUGGAUGUUAGGUUUUCUUUUGACAAUGAUCACCCUGGGCCUUCUGGUUUCACUUAAGUUCUGUGGUCAGAAUGUCAUUGACCAUUACUUCUGUGACCUUGCUCCUUUUGUGGAUAUCGCUUGUUCAGAUACUUCUGGUCUGCAAAUUGGUAUAUUUAUUCUAACCAUUCCUAUGGUUGUUGUACCAUUUAUUUUAAUCAUUGUAAGCUAUGUAUCUAUAUUUGUAGUUAUCCUAAGAAUGUCGUCUAUCAGCAACAGGAAAAAAGCUUUCUCUACCUGUAGCACUCAUCUCUUAGUGGUGGGCAUGUUUUAG